GAGGGGAAACCUGCAGAGUUGUUUGACGUUACCAUGGAUGGCGUGAGCCACCUGCAGUGGUUGCUAGAGGGGCAGGUGCUCCUGGCUGGCUGUGCCACCUCAGCACCUCUGCCCCAGGGUUGUGACCUUAGAAGUGCGGGGUAGCCCUAUGCCGAGGUGUUGCAGCUCUUGUCCGUCUGAAACGAGGUACUGAGUGGCCAAAAGAAAGUUGGUUCCCUGACACAUCUGACAUGUCCACCGCCCUAAAACUGGUCACAACUCUGCCUGGGUUUGUGUGAGGAGAAUGCCUGAAUGCCUCCGCAGGCAUAAUGUGUCUGUAGGGAGCCUUACAGCAGUGCCAGGUUUGGCUUAGCUACCAUACGGUGUACCUGCAUGGGACUCCAUUUCCUAUUACCCACUAGUGAAGAUUGCCCAGUGCUGCUUCACGCCCUUCCAGAGUGCAGAGAGCAGCUAAACUUAAACCUCUAAAAAACAGGAAGUACAAAAUUAAGGGAAGAAGAGGAGAUGGAGUCAUCCUCCAUCACAUCAUUACCAAAAGCAGCAGCAGAUCACUCCCAUGCUAGGCCAUGAAAACUGUCUUCCCCUCCCCAUCUGUCACUGGUGGUGAGAGUAAACUGGAAUUAACAUCACAAUGGAUAAGACAUGCUUGGCUCUUCCUGUUCAUAGAAGGAGGAAUUGCUAGUUGGGAUAUGACAUUUCCUAAGAGGUUUCCUGAUGUCCUCUGAGGCCCAGCAGUAAGAGCAUCUGUUACUAAGAAACGUAACAGCAUAAAAAUAUCUUUGACAGUGAGGUCUAACAGCAACAUACUUUGACAACAUCUCCAGGGCACCAUCAGAAGAGAAAUGUUCACAGAAACUUUUCCUGUAUAGUAGAUGAAUAAGAGGAUGAAGGAAUGCUACAAACAGCAGCAAUAUAGUUGACAGCAAGAAGCUGGCUCCCAAAUGUUGUGACCCAGGAUUUUGUAAGCCUCUUGAAGUUCUGCUGCACACAUCUAUCUUGUAGCUGCUUCUGGUGAAUAUGUCUAUGAAAUACUUAAAAUGGAGUUUUUUGGCACUCUUGAUGCUUUCUGUCAUAAUAAUGACAUGGUACAUGACACUCCCUUCGCAUAUUGUGAUAGAGCAUACGAACUCGAUGUAUUUCUAUGAAUAUGAGCCAGUUUACAAGCAGAACUUCCUCUUCACACUGCGGGAGCGUUUGAAAUGCAAAGAUACAAAUCCAUUUUUGGUCAUCUUGGUGUCUUCACAACCUACGGAUAUAGAGGCAAGGCAGGCCAUUAGAGUAACAUGGGGUUCUAAAAACUCUUGGGGGGACAGUCAGGUUCUAAUACUGUUCUUACUAGGACAAGGAGCUGAAAGAGAAGACAGCUUAGCAUUAUCGAUAGAAGAUGAAAGCAUUCUGUAUGGUGACAUAAUUCGCCAAGAUUUUAUGGAUACUUACAACAAUCUUACCUUGAAAACAAUCAUGGCAUUCAGAUGGGUGUCUGAGUUUUGUUCAAAUACUAAAUACGUUAUGAAGACUGAUUCUGAUGUUUUCAUCAACGCUGGCAACUUAUUAAUGUUUCUUCAAAAUGUAAAUUCUUCAGACAGUUUUUUUACUGGUUACCCUCUAAUUGAUAACUUUUCCUACAGAGGGUUUUACAGAAAAACACAUAUUUCUUAUGAUGAAUAUCCAUUUAAGGUAUAUCCUCCAUACUGUAGUGGAAUGGGGUAUAUACUUGAUGGAAAACUGGCUCUGAAGAUUUAUGAAAUGAUGAGUCAUAUCAAACCUAUUAAAUUUGAAGAUGUUUAUGUUGGAAUUUGCUUAAAUAUACUAAAUGUGAACAUCCAUAUUCUAGAAGAUACACAACUCUUCUUUUUAUACAAAAUUAACUUUAACAUCUGUAAAUAUAGACACUUGAUUGCGGUACAUGGUGUAUCUUCAAGUGAAAUGAUCAGAUUUUGGCAGGAUUUAUUGACAGACACUUCAUUCACUUGCCACUGAUCCCAUGUUAAUAUAGGUCUGUCAAAAACUGACUGCUUUGUCCUGGUCUCUUGGUUUGAAUUGCACUGUAGAAAGUGUCUAAACUGAAUUUUGUAGAACAUGGAAAUGGGGUUUUAGAAUGGAUCACUCAGGCUUAUGGGACCAUCCUGAUUACUAGGCACCAUUAAAACAGCAGAAUAUCUCUAGAGGGUUUUCAAUAUGGUGUUUUUAAAUUGAGAAUGAGUCUUUGUCGCACCUUUUUUAUUCCAGAAUUAUUUAGAUUAUAUAUUAACAGUAUUCUGCUCACUCUACCCCUCUGGUUCAUUUCUGAACAGUCUGCUGCAAGUAUGGGGUCAUCCUGCCACCUCCCCAGGAAUCUGUUGUCCUGGGAUUUAUGGAACUGCAGCAGCAGCACCCCUUUUUUCCUCAAAGAACUGUCCCACAAACCUAGACCCUGGGGCAAACUCCUGUGUUUUCCUUCAUAUGGAUACCCAGCCCACUCUAGGGAAUGUCUCAUCCUGUGUCCCCAUCAACACAUGAACUCCUCCUCUGCACUUCAUGAUGCUCAAAGUUGCUUGCUUAGUCAACCCUAAUGAUUCCUUUAGAAAUAUUGUGCCAAGAUUUUCAAAAUUAGGAGUCUAAAAUUAAACAGCCAUGUUUUCACUCAGGUCAGCAGAAUUUCUAGGUACUCAGCAUUUUAGAAAAUCUGGCUGCUUUUUUAGGUGCCUAAAUAUGUAUUUUAUAGAAUUGCUUUAAUGGCUUCAGAUAGCUGCAUUAUUUUAUGUAGUGGUAAUUGUGUUCUGAGUAUAUUAAAAUAGAAGGCCAGAUCUACUUAGUUCAAAUAACUUACUUUCAAGUUGCUCUGCAAUAUAGGACAGCAAAAUGUAUGCACUAAUAGGCCCAUCUCCACACCUAUCAGAAUCCAGGCAGGGAGAAUAAGCGAUGAGAUUUGCUGUGAAACUUGCCAGUUUAAAUGGCUUUCAAAUGCUGAGAUCAGCUUCCAUUUGCAAAAUGAACUGUUUGCUUCAGAGUUUAAAAUAAAAAUUUGGAAAUAUUGUUUCUAACAGGAAUUUUAACAAAAGAAAACAAAUGCGAUUUUGUAUGUAAAGACCAGUAUUUUAUUGUCUUAGUCAUAUCAGCAAGGCCAUGUUUCCAGUAGUUUACGCUUCUGGUAGACAAUACAGAAUCUGCAAUUGCAUUAUCACAGUUAUUAUUCUUGACACAUCUAAAAUCUAUCACAUACCAAAGAUAAAACAGUUACAUCCUGUACAUCUAGCACUGCCACUUUACUUCUAGUCAUACUAUAGCUAAUAUUAUGUUUAUUUACAUUUAAUUUGACUUUUAAAUAGUCUCUUAGAGACAAAUGUAGAAUAGGUAUAAAAAAACUCCACUACUAAUACCAAGAAUGAGGUUUCAUCAAUAUUUUUUAAUGAGCACUAUGAUCAGUGUUGAAUUUUGAUAACUUUAUAAUAAUAACAGAUUAUUUUAAACCUACUAUGACUUGAACAUUUGUUUAUUUUAAUAGUGAGUGUUUGCCCCAUGAACACUGAUAUUCAGUAUAGUCAGACAGUGGUUAAUAUUGCUUUAAAAAAAUUCUUUAGGUUGAAUCACAAAAAGACUUUGCAGUCUUCACAAAGCUGAUGUAAGGCAGACGGCUCUAGCUGAGAAAAUAGGUAUGACAAUAAGAGAAAAGUAACUAACUUUCUCCAAGCAAGAUACUUUGUGCCUGACAAGGUUCUAUGGCCCAGAGUGAGAAACACUGAUCAGCGAUCGCAGGGCUUUUGCCUUCAGAAAUGUAGAUUUAUACACAGUUUAUUCAACCUGAAAUUGUAACUUAGUGACAAAACUGACGUUUUAUUUUGAAACAGCCUCUUAGUAAUUUAGACAUUUUUCUUGCUUCCCCCAUUUCCAAACAGAUUUGAACUUGUUUAUUACUAGAAGCAUAAAAAUAUGUAUUACUGCUUGCCAUGUUACCUCAACAAAAAUGUUGGUUAUUUUAAAAAAAACAAACCUGAUUGUAAGAGGGGCAUUUAAAAUAAUCGUGUGAAUUUACACCAUCAGUCAGUUUUAAUGUAGACUACAAUUUGGGCCCAAACUACUAUGUCCCCUUAACAUGUUCUGAUAAAAAUGAAGUGUAAAAUUCAGCCUAAGAUUUUUUUAUGACCCUGAUUAUGAACUUAUUGGUCUUGCAAAUGAUGCAGAUGAAGCAGGUCAAACAUCCUUCAGGACCAUACAUAAUCUCACAGAGAGCGGUGGUAUGCACAAAAAUGCCUCAAACAGUGUUUGGUAUUUAGAGUUUUAUUCUAGUUAUUGAAAAUAUCAUUCACAAUGUAAAAUUACCACUGUAUCUAUCACCUGUAUAUUCUUCAGUAGCGUUUGCAUAUUUACCUGUUUAGACAUUUUUAUUGGGAUUCAUUGAUUGCGUACCUUCAAAUACAAAUAGUAAAGCAGAUUCUCCAUUUUAAUGAAGACCACAGACUACAUAUAUUGUUUGCCUGUACCGGCAUUGUUUUAUGUCUGCCAUUUGUACAGUACUAAAAAGAAUGUACAGUAGUAUU